AAGCAUGAUGCUCGGGGUGUUUAAUUGUGUUAUUGUUGAAGGGAAGCUAUAGCUGUGUGUGUUGAAUCUUUUUCAUGUGGUGAUAAAGAAUGGCUGGAGGUAAGAUAAGGGCGAAGAUCCGUAGGAGUAGUAUUUACACAUUUGGUUGUCGUAAAAGGCCACCAACUUCUGAGGAAGAAAGUCCUCAUGAGUUAGGACCUGGUUCUUCAAGAGUAGUCCAUUGCAACAAACCUCAACUCCAUGACAAGAAACCUCUCAAGUAUUGCACAAAUUUUAUAUCCACUACAAAGUACAAUGUCAUCACGUUCCUACCCAAGGCCUUAUUCGAGCAAUUUAGGCGUGUUGCUAACUUGUAUUUCCUUUUGUGUGCAAUCCUAACACUUACAACAGAUCUUUCGCCAUUUGAUCCGUUUAGUACGGUGGCUCCUUUGGUAUUUGUUGUUGGUUUGAGUAUGGCAAAGGAAGGAUUGGAAGAUUCAAAGAGAUUCCUACAAGAUAUGAAUGUAAAUCGUAGGAAAGCUAGUGUACAUUCGAUAGAUGGUGUGUUUGAAGAUAAACCAUGGAUGAAAGUCCGGGUUGGAGAUGUCUUGAAAGUGAAAAAGGAUCAAUUUUUUCCAUGUGAUUUACUUCUUUUAUCAUCUAGUUACGAAGAUGGAAUUUGUUACGUGGAAACUAUGAACUUAGACGGAGAGACAAACUUGAAGGUAAGAAGAGCUUUGGAGGUUACCUUACCCUUGGAUGACGAUGAGGCUUUCAAGGAAUUCAGUGCCACCAUAAAAUGUGAAGAUCCCAAUCCUAGCCUUUACACUUUUGUUGGCAACCUUGAAUAUGAUCGUCAGGUUUAUCCUCUUGAUCCUAGUCAGAUUCUUCUCCGAGAUUCAAAACUUAGGAAUACCGGUUAUGUCUAUGGAGUUGUAGUAUUCACUGGCCAUGAUAGCAAAGUUAUGCAGAAUUCUACAAAGUCCCCUUCAAAGAGGAGCAGGGUUGAAUUACAGAUGGACAAGAUCAUUUACCUCCUUUUCGCCCUCCUUCUCUUGAUAUCAUGUGUUAGUUCCGUUGGUUUUGCCUUGAAUGUAAAAUUCGACAUGCCAAAAUGGUGGUAUCUGCAACCUUUUGACAAUACCAAUAAUUCAACUGAUCUAAGCGAGCCUGAGUUGUCUGGCCUUCUGCAUUUGCUCACUGCACUUAUUUUGUAUGGUUAUUUAAUUCCCAUAUCCCUCUAUGUCUCCAUUGAAGUCGUGAAAGUCCUACAGGCAUCAUUCAUAAACCAGGAUAUCAGUAUGUAUGAUGAUGAGACAGGAACUCCUGCUCAAGCUCGUACUUCAAACUUAAAUGAGGAGCUGGGGCAGGUUGAUACAAUCCUCUCGGACAAAACUGGCACUUUGACAUGCAACCAAAUGGACUUCCUGAAAUGCUCUAUUGCUGGUCUUCAGUAUGGAACACGUGCUAGUGAUGUAGAACUUGCAGCUGCAAAGCAGUUGGCAGAGGACAUGGGUGGGCAAGAUCUUGAACCUUCACAGACAACUGAUGGGGGCAAUGGAGGAGUCCAAUUAGAGACUGUCGUCACCUCUAAAGAUGAAAGAAACCUCAAACCUGCAAUAAAGGGGUUCAGCUUUGAGGAUAGCCGCCUAAUGAAGGGAUGUUGGAUGAAAGAGCCAAAUACAGAUGUCAUCUUGCUUUUCUAUAGGAUACUUGCAAUUUGUCAUGCUGCUAUUCCCGAGCACAAUGAGGAGACUGGAGGCUUUAAUUAUGAAUCAGAGUCUCCAGAUGAAGUAUCAUUUCUUGUUGCAGCCAGAGAAUUCGGUUUUGAGUUUUUCAAAAGAACUCAAGCAAGUGUUUUUGUAAAAGAAAGAUACCCUUCUUUUCAAGAUCCAAUUGAAAAGGAAUACAAAAUUCUUAAUCUCUUGGACUUCACCAGCAAGAGGAAGCGAAUGUCUGUUAUUAUUCGGGAUGACACUGGCCAGAUUCUUCUCUUGUGUAAAGGAGCAGACAGCAUCAUCUAUGAUAGAUUAGCAAAGAAUGGAAGGAAGUUUGAGGAAGCUAUGACUAAGCAUUUGAACGAAUACGGGGAAUCAGGGUUGCGUACUCUUGUGCUUGCCUACAAGAAACUGGAUGAGGCAGAGUACUCGACUUGGAAUGAAGAGUUUACUAAAGCAAAAACUUCAAUUGGUGGGGACAGAGAUGUAGUUCUUGAACGUGUAUCUGAUAUGAUGGAAAAGGAUUUGAUCCUUGUUGGUGCUACAGCUGUGGAGGACAAACUACAGAAGGGAGUUCCUCAGUGCAUAGAUAAACUGGCGCAAGCUGGUCUCAAAAUAUGGGUUCUGACAGGUGAUAAGAUGGAAACAGCCAUAAACAUAGGGUACGCGUGUAGUUUGCUUCGACAAGGGAUGAAACAGAUAUGCAUAACAACAGUGGAUGCAGACUCAGUGGCUCAAGAUUCUAAACAGGCUACAAAGGAGAACAUUUUGAAGCAAAUCACAAAUGCUUCGCAGAUGGUCAAACUUGAAAAGGAUCCUCAUGCUGCAUUUGCUUUGAUAAUUGAUGGGAAAACACUAUCUUAUGCAUUGGAGGAUGAUACGAAGCUUCAAUUUUUGAAUUUAGCUGUUGAUUGUGCUUCAGUCAUUUGCUGCCGUGUCUCUCCUAGGCAGAAAGCUUUGGUAACUAGGUUAGUGAAGGAGGGAACUGGAAAAAUCACCCUAGGCAUUGGUGACGGUGCAAAUGAUGUUGGGAUGAUUCAAGAAGCAGACAUUGGUGUUGGCAUUAGUGGUGCAGAAGGAAUGCAGGCAGUGAUGGCUAGCGACUUUGCUGUUGCACAGUUUCGGUUCUUGGAGAGACUUCUCGUUGUACACGGGCAUUGGUGCUACAAACGAAUUGCUCAGAUGAUAUGCUACUUCUUCUAUAAGAACAUAGCUUUUGGCCUCACACUCUUUUACUUUGAGGUUUACGCUGGCUUUUCCGGACAGUCAGUCUAUAAUGAUAUGUAUAUGAUUCUAUUCAAUGUGCUUCUUACCUCAUUGCCUGUAAUUGCACUCGGAGUAUUCGAGCAGGAUGUGUCUUCUGAAGUUUGCUUACAGUUUCCUGCACUGUACCAACAAGGCCCCAAAAACUUGUUCUUUGACUGGUAUAGAAUACUUGGGUGGCUUAGCAACGGUAUCUACACCUCCCUCGUGAUUUUCUUCCUCAAUGUUUUAUUCUUCUAUAAUCAGGCAUUCCACUCUGAAGGCCAGACUGCUGACUUGGCUAUUCUUGGUACUUCAAUGUUUACCUGUGUCAUCUGGGCUGUCAACUGCCAGAUCGCGCUCACAAUGAGUCAUUUCACAUGGAUACAACAUGUUUUUAUCUGGGGGAGCAUUGCUGUUUGGUACCUCUCUGUUGUUCUCUAUGGUGAGAUAUUCCCAGGUUACGCUAAAUAUGCCUUCAGAAUCAUGCAGGAACACUUAGGUCCUGCUCCAAUCUUUUGGUGUACCACCCUCCUAGUAACUUUAGCCUGCAUUUUGCCUUACCUUGCCCACGUGGCUUUCCAAAGAGCGUUCCAUCCGAGGGAUCAUCACAUUAUUCAAGAAAUCAAGUAUUAUAAGAAAGACGUUCAAGAUGAACGUAUGUGGAAGAGACAACAAACUAAAGCAAGACAGAAGACGAAUAUCGGUUUCACAGCCAGAGUAGAUGCCAAAAUUAGGAAUUUGAAAGGAAGGCUGCAGAAAAAACAUUCACAGAUGGAGUAAACAUAAGCAUAACUGUGCAUUGCUUUUUCUUCUUUUCCCCAUGAAAUGGAGGUUGGCCAUUUCCAAAUUUUCCCCCCUGG